GAUAAUCUUAGGCCCGCCCCCCUCCUUAUAUGUUGCCGCCUUACCGGCAAGGCACAAGAGUCCCUAAGUUUUUCUCCCGACGACUCUUUUUGACUGUUUAUACUGAAGCAGCAAGGAAAGCGUAUCCAGUUUAGACAAAUUUCCAAGCUGUUGUAUAUUUGUCCCUUUUCUCCUUUCUUUCUCUCUCUCAAUUUCUCUCCCUUUCCUUUUUCUUUUUAUUUGUUCCGUCUGUCCAUACUCCAUAGUAUAGUAUUGAAGAGCGGUAGAUUAUGCAACCAUCUCAGCAAGUCUGUGUUUCAAUUAUUCAGCGGGAUCACGAACAGGUUAAUUCCAAUGAUGUGCAAACAGUUAGUGAAAUACAGUCAACUUCAGAUUCCAAACGAGAAAUGCCAAAUCUUUCUCUUCAGAUUCCUACAAAGUCUGCGAUAUUUACCAGUAUCCAAGGUGGUGACGGGUCACUUAACCCUCAAAUUUCAUCAAGAUGUGGUGCAUCAUCUUCAGGAAGUUUUUUACGUGGUUUAAGCUUCAAGAAGAAAAUUAAUUCAGUUAAAGGUGAGGAAAGUCUCCUCUUAAAUCAAAACUCACGAGCAGUUGUGGGAAGUCCAACUUUUUCCAGGGUCUUGUCCAAAUUCAGGUGGACGAGAUGUUCUUCCCUUCCUGGACCUGCAUUUGAUCCAUCUCCUGAAGUUACUACUCCUGCUUCUGCAAGAACUGCUAGUGAAUUCCAGAGAUUAUAUAAAGGUGUUGUUAACAAAAACGUUUCAAGGUCCUUGUCUGUACCUGGCAUAAAUGUUGUUAUCAUAAGGUCCCCGUCAUUCAUGGCCAAUAAGGUGCACAAUCUGUCAGAUCUUGAUGACCAAACGACUCUCUCUUCACCUGGUUGUGAUAAUGAUGAAGAGAUUCCCGAAGACGAAGCAAUUUGCAGGAUCUGCUUUGACGCUUGUGAAGAAGGAAAUACUCUUAAGAUGGAAUGUAGUUGUAAAGGUGCCCUUCAGUUAAUACAUGAAGAGUGUGCGGUGAAGUGGUUUAGCACUAGGACAAAUAAGAAUUGUGAUGUGUGUGGGCAAGAGGUUCAAAACUUGCCGGUAAUGGUGCUUCGAGUUUCCUCUGCUCCUCAGAGGAACAAUGGACAGGAGCAAAGUCGCCAAGCAAUUAGUGCUUGGCAAGAUUUUGUGGUGCUCGUCUUAAUCAGCUCAAUAUGCUAUUUUUUCUUUCUUGAGCAACUAUUGAUCCAAGACUUGAAAACUCGAGCAAUUAUGAUUGCAGCACCAUUUGCAUUUACAAUGGGCAUCAUAGCAUCAAUUCUGGCUAUCGUCUUAGCAAUGAGAGAGUAUAUAUGGACGUAUGCAGCUGUAGAGUUUGCAUUUGUGGCCGUUAUCCUGUGUCUUUUCUACAAUGUGCUUCAUCUGAAUGCAGUCUAUUCUGUACUGGUUUCAUCAAUUUUGGGAUUUUCAGUCACAUUGAGCCUUAAUUCAUUAUAUAUUCAUUUCUUUUAUUGGAGGGUUCGUGCACCUGAGAACUCUAGCAAUGCAUGAUUUUGGAUGUCUGUGAAUUGAUGAAAUGUAAAGUUUUAUUAGAGUGACUUGAACAUAUUUAAAAUAGAGAGCAUGCAAGAUGUCGAUGACAUUCAAGUUUAAUCCGCAAUUGCAGUUCAUUAUUUAGCAGUACACAAGUAGAAUAGAGUAGAAUAGACGACUCCUAAAAGUAGAAAUGUAUCUUUUUCAGUCGUUGUGACUUUGUGAGCCUUCAUUGAGGGGAUUUAAUUAAAUAAGAUAAAUAUAUUCUUGUUUUUCGGUUAUAAAAAAUCACAACCGUAA